AUGAAAUCUUCCCGGGUAAAUUUGGUGAUGACAGUGAUUGGGUUCGGGCUGAGUGUUAUGUUCAUAGUGUUUGUGUGCACAAGGCUCAUUUGUGCUCGGAUACUGUUGAUUGCAUCCAGGCGGUCUGCUAGGUCGUCCAGAUCUGAUCUUACCCAUUUAGAGAGGGGUUCUCGUGGCCGUGAACAUCUAACACCAGCUAACUUUCCUACCAAGAAGUAUAGAGAAUUAUGCUCGUCCCUAGACGAAAGUUCUCGAUGCACUGUUUGCUUGGCCGACUACCACGAAGAGGACACGUUGUGCAUACUUCCAUUGUGUGGACACAUGUUCCACACGACAUGCAUCGGGAUAUGGUUACAACAGCACUCCACGUGUCCUGUGUGCCGAGUUUCGCUCGGUGAAAUCUCGAGGAGAAAAUGGUUCAUGCAACCCAUGUUCAGUUCAGCCUUUAGAUAUUCUCCGCGCAAUGUGCAGUCUUUGAACUUGCAUCAUUGUCAUUGCACGGCCAAUGGCAAUAGGCAUCCGUUGAGAAUGCACGAGGACGGGAUAGCGGGCCCCGCUCGUGAUGGAGAUAGUGUUGGGGAUAGAAGUCCCAUUGCAGUUAGUCACAGGGAGAGUAUCAAGAAGUAG